AUGGGUUACAAAGAGAGAUACGAGAAAGAGUCGGCCGAUUGUCGCCGACUUCGGCGCCGAUUACUGUCGUUGCGGUCGUUGUUGACAAUCGGCGACCAGAAGUUGGCCACCGUUUCGGCCGCAUUUGAGUUGUCACAAAAGCUGGUCCAACACCUCAAGACUGAGAAUCAACUGUUGAGGUCGACGGUGGACGACAGCCACGAACUGAUGGCUCAUCCGUUGUCUGUUGUGGAACAGCCGUUGGCGAUGAUGGCCGCGACCACAGCGCCGAUGACAAUGACGGCCACCACUACUACCGCACCAAUGACUCCGACCGUGGGAUCGGCGGCGCUGGCCGGCGGUGGUUGUGAUACUGGAGUUCCUAUGGCUGUGUCGGGUCAGGCGAUUGUCGGCACUGAACACUCCUCGAGUGAUAAUACGCCGAAGACAUUGGCCAUUGAUAUCGACGCGAUGUCCGACGCGAACCCAGACAUGAGUAUCGAAUCAAUCCCUACCACCGAUGAAAAGGGAAUUUUCAGUUGUGAUUUGAUUGCCAAUCAAUACGAAGAAGAGAUACGUGAGUUGCGCGAAGACCUGGAUCUGCUCUGUUUGCUCACUGUUCACGAGAUUAGGGUCACACACGAGGAUCAGAUCAAUGCGAAGAGUCAUCUGAUACUGACGUCCGACGAAGAGUCGGCCGAAGAGGAGGCGAUGGCAGCGGAAGACAUGGAUGUGGACGGCGAUGAGAAAUCGUCGGCUAAAUCGCGGAACAAAUGUCGGAUCUGCGGUCGAAAGUUUGACUCCGAGCCGUCACUCGACGCUCACUGCAAACUCCACAAAACAUUUGAUGGCCAACAGGUCCGCUGCGCCGAAGACAUGUGCGGCCAUCAGUUUGACACUAAUCACGAGCUUAGAGAUCACUUAAAACGGGUUCAUUUGGGUCGCGGGGGCGGAGGGGGCGGACCCGCGACCACCGGUAGGCCUAAUAGUAAUACUCCGAAGGCAUUUGAAUGCAAAGAGUGUCCCACUAAGCGGUUCCCAUCGAUGCAAAGUCUGCGUCUGCACCAGAAGUCCGUACAUAACAUGAUUUCGUGGUUUAAAUGCAAAUUCAGUGGUUGUGACGAAAAGUUUGAGAAACCUCUGGAGCUUAAGGCACACGAGGCUAAGCAUAGGAAGGAUCACACCGUUAUCGAUUUCCGGCAACCGAAGAAACCUGCGCUCAAUUCUGUCGACAAGAAACCCAAAUCGCCGGACAGUCCGGCGCCGGCGGCCGCACCGGAGACACCGAAAGUGAUAUACCGGUGCAAACACGACGGCUGUACCGCUGUUUACAAAACGAAGCGAAAUCUGGCCAAACACGAGGAGAAGCCACACCUUAAGAGCCCCGACGGCGGCGGCGGUGACACCAAAACAAGUCCGACGAUCACCGGCACAAAGGAUCCCAAGAGUCAGAGGGAGUUAUUGGAGAUGUUUUUCGCCUUCCAGAAGAAGAAGACUGAGACGUGAUUUAGUGAUAGGAAACGAUUAAAAGUCAUUAAAUUUAGUUACAUUUACGCUUUUAUUCG